CGUUUGUGGUCCUCCAAGAAGCAAGAAAUUAUCAACGUAGCGACGAGCGAUCCUGCUCCCAAUGUGGAUCACGAUACACUCAUGGUACCCAUUGCAAAAACUGAACAAUUGGAAGAGGAAGAUUCCAAUUCCUUGCAAACACCGGAAGAUUCUGAUAUUACGAGACAUUGAAAACGAGAUGGAAUCGAGGGAAGGUUUGGGACGCAAGAAAUUCAACCACCUAGACGAAACAAAUCGACGACUGCAGGAGUUCUACGAUAUGAAAUGUGAGAUUUGUGGCCAGCAGCAAGAUUCUUUUACGACGCUCAAAAUUCACUAUCACCAACAGCACAACACCCGGGGCUACAUCAAGUGCUGUGGCCGUAUAUUCAACAGCCGGUACCGGCUCUUAGAGCACCUUUCGUGUCACGUUGGUGCCAGUAUGGUUCGUUGUGAGAUUUGCGAUAAAACCUUUAGCACCCGAAGUUACUUACUGGUGCAUAAUAGUCGCGUGCAUGGUCGAGCGGAAGAUCGGCCCUUCAAGUGCACUUUAUGCCACCAAUCGUACGCAAACAAGUGCCACCUGAAGGCGCACUUGGUUCACCACGUUCGGGUAAGCUGCUCCAUAUGCGGUAAGGAGCUAUCUAGCAGUCUUUCACUCCGAUCUCAUAUGAAAAACAUACAUGGGCAUCUUGAAAAACAUAUUUGUGAGACCUGUGGAAAAGAAUUUCGAACUCGCCAAGCAUUCGAUCGACACGUUAAGUUGCACAUGGGUACCGUCGUCGUGGAACGAGCUCAGUGUACGAUGUGUUCCAAAUGGUUUAACAGCAAACGUGCACUGAAGGAGCACGUAAAACAUGUACACGACGAAGCAGGAAAACCGUUCAAAUGCGACUUGUGUGGGCAAGAAUUUAUGCAUAGCCGAUCGUUAUCAGAUCACAAGUUGCGCGUACAUGUGGAGGAGCGCUACGAAUGUGAAGUAUGUGGAAAGCGUUUUAAGCGGAGUAUCUAUCUGAAAGAACAUAGCGCGAUUCAUUCUGGAAAGCCUCUCUAUUCGUGUGAUAUCUGCGACGCCACGUUCAAUUCGAAUUCGAAUAAAUACUCUCAUCGCAAAAAAAAGCAUCCUGUCGAAUGGGAAGCACGCCGUAGGGAACAGUUAACGACAACACAUAAAUAAAUACUCAUAUCUCCAAACUACCAC